AUGUACCAGCGAUGCGGCUUUGUGCCUCUGAGUCGCAGAGAGAAGACGUGGACAGAAGAGACGCAGACGGAUGACCGCGACGCAGCUAUGGCGCAACGUGCGUGUGCCGCUCCGUCAUUUGAGAUUGGGUAUAUAGAGAAACUGACCGAUACUGACCAUCUGGUGACAGUAGGAGAUAACCAGAUUGUGGAUGUCUACAAAGAGCAGCUAUUUGACUUUGAGUCACGAGUUUGCUCUCCAUACUUCAAGAUACAGGAUAUCAAAGAGGUCGAUGCAAUGAUGAAGCAAACAAACAGCGAACCAUAA